AUGGACUCGAAAGUAGCAAGACUACCCCUUUUCGGGGGUCCCAGAGCAUGGCACUCCUCCGACUGGACUUCCGCUGACGACCGCGUUCGCGGUGGAUCCUCGCAUUCCCACAUGAGCUGUUCCCCCGCUUCACUCGUUGCCCAAUUCCACGGCAACCUCGAUAUCACCACACUCGGCGGAGCAGGCUUUGCCUCGCAGCGGACAACAGGCGAAGAUAGGAGCUGGGAUCUUUCUCGCUACGACGGGUUGGAAUUGCAUAUUGCUCGCGGGGAUGAUAAAUUGUAUACGAUCACGCUGAAGGAUGAGACUGCGCCUAAGCGGUCGGAUGGGAGGCAGGAGAGUACCCUGAGCUGGGAGUAUGAUUUCCAUGCGCAUGGAGAGAAGAGGAUUUUUAUCAAGUGGGCUGAUUUUAAGCCUACGUAUCGAGGGAAGGAGCAGGAGGAUGCGAAGCCGUUAGAUUUGACCGGGGUGAAGCAGAUCAGCUUUAUGAUGCGCAGUUUCUUCGGAAUACAGGAAGGAGACUUUAGCUUGGAAAUUGUCUCGAUCGCCGCGGUCCGAUUCAAGUAUUACCGCGAUGAUCCGGAGGAAGAGGAAUAUGUGAUGGUGGAUGAAAAACGGGGAGCUAUCUCGGAGACUCCGGAAGCGCGAGGCUGGCUUAGUUGGAUUGGACAGUGUUGUGGCUUGAGCUAA